GGCAAAACUAUUCUUUGGUUCUUGGCGGCGAUUUUGCUGAGCCAUGUCGCAGCUGGACGCGCUCCACUUAUUGUGGCGAAGCAGCUUGGCCUGGGAAGAUGUUUGGGUGAGUUAUGUCAGCUUUUGGAAGUCUGAGGUGCCCGGGCUGUUGAAGCUGCUGGCGGCCUCCUUGGCGAAGGCCAGGCUGCCGCUGAGCUGGCGUCAGGCUGCAGCCUUCUCCAUGAGCGAGUGGCUGGACGCAGCUCCUAUCAUGGCCGGCAUCCUUGCGGCGAGUGUCACACCCUUGGCGCUUCUCAGAGGUGGCAGACGCUCAGCCUCCGAUCUGCAAAACAGCUGGUGGCUGACAAGAGACCUGCUUGUCCGAGGCAUGGGCCUCUGCUUCUUCUGCGGGUUCCUGGUGAGUGCUCUGCAGCACCGAGCGCUCUGGGGAUCUCUGGGCUUGCAGCCAGUGCAGAGGACUGGGCGGCGGCCCACGCCAGUCUUUGACCUUUUCGACAGUCUGGGCUGGGGCUAUGGGGAUUGGCAGCUGGAGUUGGUGAGCUGGCUGGGCGUCAGUUUCUCGGUGCAGCUUAUGGUGGGCCGAGUGCAGAGCUUGUUUGUGCCUGCUUUCUUAUGGGCUGCGUACCUCUCCAUUGUGAACCUCCAGGCGCCCUUCACCUUCAGCUAUGGCUGGGAGUGGCUCACCUGCGAGGUCGGCUUCUUGGUUAUCUUCCUUUGCCCGCUGCUGGGUGGCCGCUUCAGCUCUUGGACCCCUCCGUCUAGGAUGGUGCUGUGGCUGGUGCGGUGGUGCGCUUUCCGCCUCCUGCUGGGCGCGGGGAUGUCCAAGGUGGGCCGCAACAGCAGCGCAUGCUGGCGCCAGCUCACCUGUACUGAGACGCACUACUUCACCCAGCCCAUCCCCAACCCCUUGUCAUGGUACAUGCAUCAUUUGCCCGAGAACUUCCACCAGAUCGAGGUGGCGCUGACUUUCCUGGAGCAGCUGGUGCUGCCCUUUGCCAUGCUGGUGCCGCUGCGCAGCUGCCGGCUUUUGGCUGCCGUGCUGGAGAUCGGGUUUCAGGCCACCAUUGUGGGCACAGGCAACUAUGCCUGGAUCAAUUUUAUCGGCGCGCUGCCCUGCGUCGCCAUGCUCGACGAUGCCUUCCUGCUGGCUUUGCUACCAGGGCCGCUGCGAAAGCGUGCUGAGAAGUCUGUGGAGGCGGCCAAAGUGCAGCCGACAGGCUCCAAAGCGCCAGUGCGCUGGGCGGCGCGUGGCUACGGGGCGCUGCGGGGUCUGGUGAACCUGGUGCUGGUGCUGGUCAUGGUCUACAAGUCGAAGGAUCCAAUCAAGGAGCUCUUCGGCCCAGCGCCCUGGAUCAACAGCUACGACCAGUGGUUUCUGAUGAACUCGCAGGGCGUCUUUGGCUUCAUCAACCAGCACCGAGUGCAAGUUGUGCUGAAGUACACGCACGACGCUAGCCCGGGUUCGCCGAGCGCAGUGUGGAAGCCUUUGGACUUCAAGUGCCUUCCAGGUUCCCCAGAGCGCAGGCCCUGUUUCAUGUCGCCCUACCACUACCGCCUGGACUGGGAGACCUGGAUCCGGGUCACGGCGUCUCUGGAGAGCUUGUGGGCGCAGAAGGCACCGCCAGAGUCGUACCACCAGCACCUCCCGGACUUCCUGCAGGCCUUGGUUGUGAAGAUCCUCAACGGCGACGAUGAUGCUGCCGGACUGAUGGGUGUGCCGCUGCCGGAGCUUUACCGCCAAGGGGAGCCCCCGACCGCGGUGUCCAUUGACUUUGCGUCCUACACUUUCACCAGCGCCAAGAAUUCCACCAGGUGGUGGCGCGCUCGGCCCGUGGGGAAGGCCUCGCUGCGCGCAUACGGCCGAGAGAGUGUGGUGAUGCCGAGUGGGGAGGUUCGCAAAUCCCCUCGGGGGCGGCACUGGUUGCUGGCGCUGAGCGCUGUGGGCAGCCUGCGACUGCUAGAGCUAGGCUUUCCGCGUCCUGGUCCAAUGCUGGCCGUUGUGGUUCUUGCGCUCAUCUUUGUGCUCGUGCUGAGCUCCGACUAUGUGCCAGCCUUCGCCGGCUCGCAGCUCCUGCCGGCGCUGAAGGCGCUCGGCUGCGCAGAGCCGGUGACGGUGGCGCUGUGCCAGCAGUGCUGCUAUGGCCUGGUGCCGCGUCUGGCGCUGGGCGCGGCUGGGGUGAACGCCACCCAGCUGCUGCUAUCCUGGCGCCGCUGCUGGGCGGAGGCGUCUGCCGCGGUGGUCCUGCUGGCAGUUGCUUGGAUCUCCCACCGCAUUGACCUGUGAUGGUGA